GUUUACAUCGUGCUGAACCGGCGUAAACAAUACGAGUUUUGCUCCGUUACUGCAUUAAAAUUUGUUUAUUUUAAGAUGAAAUUAUACGCGUUGAGCGGUGAUCCGGCCAAACCAUGCUACGUGCUCAGCUACAAGGGCUUGAUGAUAAUGCUGGACUGCGGUUUGUCGAUCAGCUCGGUGCUGAAUUUUCUACCCCUGCCGUUGGUGCAAAGCCCAAAGUUUCAGUGUUUGCCAAACUGGAACUGUCGCGAUUCCGACAUACAGCUGGAAGAUGGGGAGAUAAAAGAAUGCUGCGGCUGUGCAUUCGUCAAUUCGGCGCCGGAGUUUGUGCCACCGCUCGAGAAGCUGAUCGAUUUCUCCGAGAUCGAUGUGAUACUGAUCUCGAACUACACGAACAUGCUCGCCCUGCCGUACAUCACCGAGGGGACGGGGUUCUGCGGCGAGGUGUACGCCACGGAACCGACGCUACAGAUCGGUCGCUUUUUCCUCGAGGAGCUGGUGGAGUACAUCGAAGCCUCGCCGAAAGAAAGCACCGCCCGGAUGUGGAAGGAGAUCCAGCACCAGCUACCGAUGCCGCUGAACGAUGUGUUUAAGCCGAAAAAUUGGCGCCACCUGUUCAGCAUGGACGCGGUCAACAAGAGUUUGGCACGCGUCCGGAUGACCGGGUACGACCAGAAGCUGGACAUAUUCGGCGCACUGCAGGUAACACCGAUCAGCUCGGGCUUCUGUCUUGGGUCGAGCAACUGGACGAUAGUUUCGGGACAGGAGAAGAUUUCCUACAUCAGCGGCUCCUCCACACUGACCACACAUCCGCGACCGAUCAAUCAGACGGCGUUGAAGUAUUCGGAUGUGGUGAUUAUGACCGGAUUGACCCAGGCACCGCACGUCAAUCCCGACGCAAUGCUGGGCGAGCUGUGCAUGAACGUGAUGAUGACGCUGCGGAACGGUGGCUCGGUGCUGAUACCCUGCUACCCGUCCGGCGUCGUGUACGAUCUGUUCGAAUGCCUCUCGGUCAGUCUGGACAAUCAGGGCUUUACCCAGAUACCGAUGUUUUUCAUCUCGCCGGUGGCGGACAGCUCGCUCGCGUACUCCAACAUCCUGGCCGAGUGGCUGUCCACCUCGAAGCAGAACAAGGUGUACAUACCGGACGAACCGUUUCCGCACGCGAGCCUGGUAAAGAACGCCAAGCUGAAGCACUUCAAGCACAUCGACUCGGAGGGUUUCAGUACCGAGUUCCGGCAGCCGUGCGUGGUGUUCUGUGGCCAUCCGAGCCUGCGGUUCGGCGACGCCGUACACUUUGUCGAGCUGUGGGGCAGCAACCCGCUGCACACCAUCAUCUUUACCGAGCCGGACUUUCCGCACAUGCAGGCGCUGGCCCCGUACCAGCCGCUCGCCAUCAAGACGGUGUACUGUCCGAUCGAAACGUCGCUCAACUUCCAGCAGGCCAACAAGCUGAUCAAGGAGCUGAAACCGGGCGUGCUGGUAAUACCGGAGAACUACACCCAGCCGCCGGCGAUUGCGCCGCAAAAGCUGGACCUCGUCAUCGAUCCGAUACCGGACAAAAUGAUUAUAAAGUUUAAGCGCGGUGAGGUGAUCAAGCUGCCGCUUAAGAGGAAAGCGGGCCGCGUCUACCUAAACCCGAAGAUGGCGAAAACGAUCUGUCCGCAGGAGGUGCAGCCGGGCGUUACCGUGUCGACCGUGACCGGGGUGCUGCAGGUGAAGGACAACAUUCACGAUCUGCUGCCGCUCGAGCCGACCAAGGAGGAGCUGGCGGACGAGCACAAAUCGAAACCGGCCGGUCCGCCGCAACCGUACAGCCAGCUGCGCACCGUCCGGUACGAGUGGGGCACGCUGGACAUUAAUCUGCUGCUGAAAAAGCUGGCCCAGGACGGGUUUACGGAUCUGAAGGUGGAGCAGGGCAGUGCGGACGAGGUGACGCUGCUGCUGCCGUCCGAGGAUACGGUGAUAAAGGUGAGCGAAAAGAGCACGGACAUUGUCUGCGGUGGCAAGCAGUCGCUCCGGUUAAAGUUGCGCGAUCUGUUGCUUCAAUGUGUGCAAAGCUUUUGAAUAGGAGCGCUGGGGAAGUGUGUAAGUAGCUGGUAAACUUUCUAGUGUAAUGAUAAUUUUAAUAUACUUCUGAUGAAGCUGACACGAAGCUGACGAAAA